UUCACGUCGAAGGAUUCCAGCCAAGCUACCUAACCCAGAUCGACAUCUCGCCUCGCAUCGCAUCCUCACAGCUCCCUGCAAUUAAGCAUAAGCAUAAGCAUAAGAUUCUGAACCUUGCCGGUUCCAGAAUUGGCAGGAUUGGCAGCUCAUAUCGCCGACUCGGUUACAAAUCACUGCUUAAGGGAAAGACUAUGUAAGGUUGACUGACAGCUUGACAAACCUCCUCGUCUUGUCUCGGUGUCGAUGCAGCGGGGCGGCCCUAACGGACCCAGUCUAGCCCCAGCUCUUCUAAAGACUUAGGACAGCCAGUACGGAAACCAGCCAUCAUAGCUAAUCGCCAUUAUCGUCUAGCCGGAUCCAAUAUCUUUCAAUUUAUACAGGUGCUUAGUCGACACCCCAUAUCCACACGAAAUCUUCAAGAUACACACACACACACACAGUAGCGACACCACCCUCUCAACACAACCAUGACAUCCCUUCUCCGCCUCCUCCGCACCCAAUACACGCCCCCCAGCGAACCCACCCUCUCCUUCGCGGGCAAAACCGUCCUCCUAACCGGCGCCACCUCCGGCCUAGGCUACGAAGCGGCCAUCAAACUCCUCAACCUAGGCGUCAAAACCCUGAUCAUCAGCACCCGCGACCCACACCGCGGACACGCCGCGAAAACCGCUCUCGAGAAACUGACCAACCGCCCGGACACCGUCCAGGUCUGGCAGCUGGAGAUGGGCAGCUUCGCGAGCGUGCAGAGUUUCGCGCACCGCGCGUCCACAGACCUGAAACGCCUGGAUGUCGCGCUGCUGAAUGCGGGGGUCUGGAAUCGGGAUUUUGCGCUCUCCCGCGAGGGCUGGGAGGGGACGAUCCAGGUUAAUGCGCUUUCGACGGCGUUGUUGGCCGUUUUGCCCGACUUGUUCAGCGGGCCGAAGCAGUAUGGGAUCUCGAAGUUGCUGCUCGAGUAUGUCAUGAAGACGGUGGCUGGGUUGCUGCGGGAUGAGGCCGGCAGGGUGUCCGUCGUGGUGAAUACCGUCAGUCCCGGGUUCUGUGUGUCGUCUUUGGGGAGACAGUAUACGCGGUUUUAUGAACGGUGGGCGACCUGGUUGGCGUGGAAGCUGUUUGCUCGGACGACGGAGCAGGGGAGUCGCUCGUUGGUUACGGCGACGUAUCAGGGCGUGGAGUCGCAUGGGAGGUGUUGGAGGAGUGAUGGGUAUUUGGAUGAAUCGACGGCAUUAACGACAGGUCCGGAGGGAAAGCAACUCCAGGAGAAGGCAUGGGAGGAGAUCUUGGAUGUUCUGGAGGAGCACUGUGAAGGGCUGAAGGAGUCGAUCAGGAGGUGGUAGACAGUACGCUAAAACAUU